GGUCGUGUUGUUAUAGCUAGCAUGUUCUCAAAGUGAAGCAAACACUAGCUCAGGAGGAUACUUAUCAGCACUUCAGCAGGACACUUAUCAAGUUCUCAUGCGUUGCUAGCUAAUUAUGUUUUUUGGUUUGCGGUACUUGUAGUGCCUAAAAUACCGACACACUUACCUUACAGCUCACAGCUAAUCCACAAAAGCGGUCAGUGUUAUCCAGCUGCAUUACGAGAGGUAACGUUAGUUUAAAGCGGAACGUCGGUCUACCCGUUCUUAGCUCUGAAACUGGCCGUCAUGGGAGGCGUUCGCUGGGCGUUCCGGUGUGGCUCGUGGACGCCGAGCCGGUCCGAGUGGCUGUUAGCGGCCCGGUGUGUGCAGCGCGAAGAGAAACAACGAAUCGGACAGUUCAUGUUUGCCAAAGAUGCCAAAUCAGCUAUGGCUGGCAGGUUGUUGUUGAGGAGGUUGGUGUGUGACAGGAUGGGUGUUCCCUGGUCUGACAUCCGCUUGGAGCGUUCUCCCAGAGGAAAGCCCUACCUGGCCAACCCAGCCUGCUCCAGCCCUGAAACCAUGGGCUGGAGUUUUAACAUCUCCCACCAGGGUGACUACGCUGUGCUGGCUGCAGAGCAGGGGCUGCAGGUCGGGGUGGACGUAAUGAAGACCACCAUGCCAGGUAGCACUUCUGUGCCAGAGUUUUUCCGUAUCAUGACGAGGCAGUUUACUGAUUAUGAGUGGAGUGUUAUCCGCAGAGCAGGAUCAGAAUGGGAGCAACUGACCAUGUUCUACAGACACUGGGCGUUGAAGGAAAGUUUCAUCAAGGCGAUUGGCACAGGGCUGGGCUUUAAUCUACAGAGGGCGGAGUUUCACCUGUCACCUGAGCCAAUUGCAGAGGGCAAGGUGUGUCGCCGGACCACAAUGCACCUGGACGAGGAAGAAGAGGAAGUCUGGGCGUUCGAGGAGACUGUAUUGGGUAAGGACCACCAUGUUGCUGUGGCACUGGGACCCAGCCAUACAGUCAGAUCUGUGCCUCCCCCUGCCCUCACCGAUCCUCCCCCAUCCUUCACCUUCCUCUCCUUCAGUGACCUCAUCAGCAUGGCCACACCCCUCUUUGAAGAAGACUCUGCCUACUGGGAGAACUUCCAGAAAAAGGCUGAAGCCCCGGAAAGACAGAGACUCAUAGCUACAGUAUGAGGACCGUACAGGAACAGUCGGUGAACAGCAGGGUUGGUGUGACUGAGGCAUCUGGAGGAGCUGGCCACUCUAACAACAAAUUGAAAUAGCAUUGAAAUAAUGUUGGUCCUCAGACCCACCUAGAGUCAAUGUGUUAAUCAAAUGCCAGUGAUGGAAAGGGUUCCAUGACUGCAAAUUGCUGUUUUUUUGGGGUAUUGAUUCUGUAGGUUGCAAUCACCUGAAUUGAUUGUGGUCAUCUGUCAUUACUACAGUUGUUGACCAACCUCCCUGUAAUGUGAUUAAAGGUUUGUAUGGCUUCUUA